AGCCAGGUUGGACUGGACCGAGGUAGACCGCCAUGUUGCUGUGGUCAUUAUGGAGUGUAUUGCUACUGACCCCCCUGGAGGCUGCAGAGGAGGACGAUGUCCGAGCAGGCUGCAGCACAGCUGUAAAUGACCUGGUCUAUAUCGUUGAUGGCUCAUGGAGUGUUGGCUUCUCUGACUUUGAAACGGCCAAGCAGUGGCUUAUCAACAUCACCAGCCAAUUUGACAUCAGUUCCCACUACACACAGGUGGCUGUGAUCCAGUACAGCGACACUCCUCGUCUGGAGAUCUCUCUGGGGAAACACCAGGGUGGAACGGAGCUCAUCCAGGCCAUACAGAACAUCGAAUACCUGGGAGGAAACACACAGACUGGCAGGGCCAUCAAGUUUGCUGUGGACCACGUUUUCGCCGCCUCCCAAAGAGCCAGCCAUGUCAAGAACCGCAUCGCUGUGGUGGUUACUGAUGGCAAAUCUCAGGAUGACGUGGUGGAUGCCAGUGUGGAGGCACGAGCUCAGGGCAUUACAGUAUUUGCUGUUGGAGUCGGCAGUGAGAUCACCACCUCGGAGCUGGUGUCCAUCGCCAAUAGACCAUCGUCCGACUAUGUCCUGUACGCCGAAGAUUACACCACCAUCGACCGGAUCCGAGACUCCAUGGAGCAAAAGCUCUGCGAAGAGUCUGUGUGUCCAACACGAAUCCCGGUGGCAUCUCGUGAUGAGAAAGGCUUUGAGCUGAUGGUGGGCAUGAACAUCCAGAAGAAGGCCAAGAAGAUCCCCGGCUCUCUGACGUCUGAGGCUGCCUAUACUCUGACUGCCUCCACAGACAUUACUGAGAAUACCAGGGAUAUUUUCCCAGAGGGCCUCCCUCCAUCGUAUGUGUUCGUAGCCACCCUGCGCCUAAAGGGCCCCUCUAGCAAGCUGACCUUUGACCUUUGGAGGGUGCUGUCUAAGGAUAAGGAGAUCCAGGCUGCAGUGACACUUAGUGGGAAGGACAAAACUGUCGUCUUCACCACCACCAGUAGGACAGAAAAUGAGCAGAGACUCACCUUUAAAGCCGGCUUUCAGACUCUGUAUGAUGGAAAGUGGCACCAGCUCAAAGUCCUGGUGAGACCACGCCAGGUCACCAGUUUCCUUGACGAUGAACCGAUCCAGGAAAUAAUGCUGGAACCGGGAGAGCCCAUUUACAUCAAUGGGGAGACACAGGUGGCUAAGAGGCGAGGAACAGACAUCACUGUGCCUACGGAGAUUCAGAAGCUGCGUCUGUACUGUGAUCCUCAUCAGAGUGAGAGAGAAACAGCUUGUGAGAUUUACUCUGUGGAUGAUGAAAGGUGUCCUCUGAAUCGAACAGCCACAUCGGAGGAAGAAGACUGCAACUGUGUAGUCGGACCACAGGGGCAGCGUGGCCUGCCGGGACCCAUGGGUUUCCGAGGGGAGAAAGGGAGGGAAGGACCACCAGGACCUGAUGGUAAGCCUGGUAAAGAAGGGAAACCUGGGGAAACUGGCGCUCUUGGAUUACCAGGGUUGAAGGGUGAAGAUGGUCCAGCAGGACUAAGAGGGGAGCCCGGUCUCCAAGGCAUCAAGGGAGACAGAGGGGAACCAGGCUUACCAGGAGAACUAGGAACCCCAGGACCCAAGGGCAUUCCUGGUGAGAGAGGUGAGUUGGGAAUGCCAGGUGAAGCUGGACCAAUGGGGGAGCCAGGACUACCGGGGCCCAGUGGACUGGUUGGGAUAACAGGACCAAAGGGAGUGAGGGGAGUCAGUGGUGCUGCUGGAGAUCAAGGCGCCCCGGGUGAUCCGGGGACUCCUGGCGAAGCGGGCCUAAGGGGACCUCAGGGAGAAGGAGGCUCGCCUGGGCCACGAGGACCACCUGGACUCAACGGAACACUGGGAACCCAGGGAAUCCAGGGGCCCCCGGGGCCGCCCGGAGAGAUCGGCCGAGAUGGUCCCAAGGGGAAGUGUGGAUAUCCGGGGUUCACUGGUCCUCUUGGUCCACCAGGCCAGAAGGGCACCACAGGGGAAUCUGGUUUUCCGGGGCUGCCGGGUGCCAUGGGGAUGCCGGGGUUCAAAGGUCACAUGGGGGAGAGAGGAGAGACCGGCUCUAAAGGAUGCCAGGGGGAGCGAGGCAGAGAUGGAGAGCUUGGGACUCCUGGUGUACCUGGCGAAGUGGGACCCAUGGGAAGGAAAGGAGAGACAGGGGUGUCAGGUGACGUAGGCCACAGGGGGCCUGAUGGAAAGAAAGGGGAUAUGGGCCACAUGGGCCACAUGGGUGCUGUUGGUCCCAGGGGAUUUACCGGUCAGGACGGGUUGCCGGGCCAACCAGGACAACCAGGAUAUCCUGGGAAACCUGGCAAGCCUCCCUCAGAUGAGCAUCUUCUAAAGCUCUGCACUGAUGUUCUGCGUAAUCAACUCCCAGCGCUGCUCCAGUCCCUGGCCCCCCCAGCUAGGUGUGAACCCUGCGAGAGUGUGAAGGGAUCCCGGGGCGAGCCAGGAGGCCCAGGACCCAAAGGCUCCAUGGGAACUCCAGGUUACCCUGGCAGAAGUGGCGCUCCCGGUUACCCAGGACCUUCUGGGAGGCCGGGUCCUGCAGGCCUCAAAGGUGACGUGGGACUAAGAGGGCUCAAAGGCAGCAAAGGAGAAGGUUACAGUGGACCUCCAGGACCACCUGGACAGUCAGGGAUUCAGGGACCUCGUGGCUUCGAUGGAAUCGGCCAUCCAGGAAACGAGGGAAUUCCUGGAAAACCAGGACCACCAGGAGAUCCUGGUAAACGGGGCAACCCAGGGCUUCCAGGGGUUUGCGAUGCGUCCAUGUGUUAUCAGACCUACAACCUCAGGGAACAUUACAGCAAAGGACCCAACGUCUGAUGACACAGCAGCGUGGGAAAGGCUGCUAUUGCAACACACCCACGUGUUUCGAGGAAUUUACUGUAUCACUGAUUUACAGAAAUGUGUGUGUGUGUGUGUGUGUGUGUGUGUGUGUGGGUGGCUGUUGGCUCCUCUAUGACAAAGUGUGUGUGGAGAACAGCUGAACUGGAGGCAGAAAUAACCUUGUUAGUUGAGUUAGAGUAAAACAGACAGAGCAUGGAUUAAUGAUUAUGGAAUUCAUGAUCAAAGAUGGGCAGCAGGAUAGCAAUCUAGCUUAUUGAGAUACCAGACAAACAUGGCUACUUUACACAUUAAAGGGGACAUAUCAGAAAAAAAAAAUAAAAUUUUUUUUUAGUGCCUGUGUACAUCCAUUUGGGUAUCUGGAGUACCUAUCAACCCACAAACUGUGAAAUAAGACAACCCAGUCAGGUAUUUGUGGGCUGCCUAGAUCAGAAAACAUGUGAUUCAACAAGCCGUUCAGAUUUGGCUACCCUUUCUAUAUUAAAAUGCAGGCUAGAAUAUCCCGCCCAUAGAUGUAUAAAGAGUACUGGAUACAGCGUUGGCAGCGGGCUUCCAUUUAUUCCUAGUAAUCGGAUCUUCCGGCGAUCUUCCGCAUCCAUUGGGCCCAUAGAGCAGGCGCAGUAGA